UCCCUUGGCCAGAGUUCGAUGGCAGUCUCCGAAGACCCAGCAGUCAGCCUGAGGAGCAUCCUUGUCUCGCCUGUCAUGUGAGGCAGAUCCACGUCAAAGGCCUAUCAACUGCUGGAGGAGAGAUUCUUGAGCUCCAGCUGGGAGGACUUAGCAAGAUGCAAGCCGUGCUCAUCUUCGACCAGCUGAACGACGUGGUGUACCUGCGGUGCGACCACAGGUUCGUCCGACAUGUGAGGACGAUGGCAGCCUCGCAGGGCCUUCUGCAGGAGCAGGACCUGGCCGACCCGCAACCCGUGAGUCCGAGGAGUCGUCUGGGUGUGUCCCAUCUGGAUCCCAACAUUGUUGUCCAGAUUUUUUCUCCCUUGGUGACCUCGCAGCGCAUCAUGGCCACACAGUUCAACAAUCCUUACACGUCAGUCACUUGCCAGGAUGGAACAACAGUGGUUUUCCAAGAGUAUGCCGGUUAUUUAUUUGUUGGUGUUGGACAUCAAGAAGAAUGUCAUCUUCAGCGCCUUAUAAGCAUGACUAUACGAAUGGUUCAAUUAGUAGUUGGACCAUGUGUUACCAUAUUGAAACGCAGUGCGACGAAGAGUGCACUGCUGGAUAGCCUGUUAGAGGCAUGGCAGCGCUUAUAUUCCAGUGAGCAGAGCUACUUAGUGGAGGCUGUGGAGAGGCUGGUAGUCAACUCUGAACUCUCUGCCGCAGCAGUCAAGGCUCUUGCCUCUGUGGUGGACAAGAUGAAGGCAGCAAAAGAACUGACCCCAUGCCAUGCCAUGUUUUUUGUUAGGAGCAAGUUACUGGCCCUGUACUCAAGUCGAAAUGCACAGGAACUAAGUGCAUCAGAUCUUCUCUUUCUUAAUCUUCUUGUGGAAGCAAGCCAGGUGAAGGAGCUUGGACAAAUAGAAGAGUGUGAAACAGAUAAUGAGAUAAACACAGAAACAGUAGAUCACAGGAAAGAUGAUGAUGGAAUAGAAGUGGAUAGCAGUGAUUCUGGAGAAUUUUACAGCAUCCCAAGCACACCUUCACUGGGAAGACAUGCUGGGCUGGUUGAAGAUGAGCAAGAAGGAAAGAUCAGAAGCUGUGUAUUACUCCUUCACACUGAAGUUUGCCAUCUCACACCUCACCUGGUCCAUUAUGAGACCUUGUCUGAUGGUCUUGCUCUGGUGAUUGUGUCAGAGAUCAACCGGACACAGCUAUCAGUGCAGCUCAUCACAUUACUAACAGGCCUAGAGGAAAUGCUCGCUGGCAAUGUGAACAGUCGUGGCAAAUUGAUUCUGGAUGCCUGUGAUACAGCAGUGAGAAAGUCCCUGGAGUUAGCUAAGAGACUUCCCAGGAGUAAGACAGCAGAACGAAUAGAAAAAGCUCUGCAGCAGGUGCACUAUCGUUGGGAGAAUGUGAAGAAGAGCGGAGUGGAAGAUUGGCUGCGAACUGCAUCAGAUGCUGAAGUUCCAACUCGAGUAGAUGCUUCUCUAACCUCCCUGGUAGAGACUACACGGGCAGCCUGGCGCACUGCAUGUUUAGCAGUCAGCUCAGCCACUUCAGCACAGCUGGUGGAGUCAGCAGUUGCUGUUGCAGCUGACCGCAUGGCAGACUACUGUCAUUUCUUGGAAGUUAAAGCACUUAGGAAUAUGACACUAGGCUGUAGGUCAGCUCUAACAAUUAACAAGUAUUUAGAAGAGUUUCCGGGAUUAGUCCAUUUCUUAUAUGUUGAUCGUUCCAGUCAUCAGUUGACAUCCCCAACACUUCUGACAGACGAAGCAGGGGAGAUCAGUAAGGAACUGGAAGUGUCAGAAAAUGGUGCCAGAGCCUUGACAGUUGCAAGGGUCUGGUCAAUGGUGGAGUUUGCUCGUUCACACCUUGCAAAAGGUCAUCUUUCACUCAUGUGGAAAGAUACAACUUUCAGUUAUGCCUAUUUCCUUUGGUUUGAAGAUGGUAGUGGUAACCCUCUGAAACCAGGAGAACUUGAUGAGACAGUCAGUGAGACACUCCCACUACCUGGCGUGUUGUGUGAAGACUUUUAUCGCUCCCUUUGCACUCGUGCCUUCCCAGGAAUGGACCCAAACCGGCUGCGUGUGUAUGAACUAUUCUGUAUUCAUCUUGGCCUAGCCACUUCUCCAUGUGUCCUGGAACACACACGCCGAUUGGCAGCCACAAUAUGGGAGGUGACAGGUCCCAUGGAUGCCAAUCCUGCUGAUCUUUUGUAAUGCUUGUAACUGCUUAUACUGAAGAUGCUUUGAAAAGCAAAUUGAGUUUUUUUUUUUGAAAGAAGUCACAAAGUCAACCAAUCUCUCUCCUCUGCUUGUCUGUCAUAUGAUGGAAAGCAGUGGUUCCAAGCUAAUAUUUAAAAAAAGUCAGAAAUCAGACAGUCAUUCUCUCUCUCUCUCUCAUAUGGUGGAGAGCAGUGAUUCCAAAGCUUUAUAACCACUUCCUGAAGGGUGGCAUGUAUGUACAUGCCAAGGGUUUAGUGGACAAAGUAGCGGGUGGGAUCAAACAUGAACCUUCCCACACCAUUGGCUCAUCUACUGAGCAAGCCAAUUUUAUUAAAUAAUUUUCCAUUUCUCAUCUGUUAAUUGAAAGCCAUUUAAAAUUAAGUAUGGAAGGGUUACCACUUUUUUUUUUUUAAAGAGACUGUAUAUGGUCACUAACAUUCCAUGAUGAGUAGGAGAGAAUGGGUAAAGUAAAUAGCUUUAUUAAUUUUUAGCUACCAGCUUGAAUUGCUUGAGAUUCUUGAAAUCCGAACUCAGACUCCCAGAACCAUCUAUGGAGGCCCAGAGGGUUUUGUGGAUCACUGAUUUGAAACUACGAACCACUGGUGUGAAGAAUUUAUUGUUAGAAGGAAAAGGAGGAGUAGAAAUUACUUCACUUAUUGCUAACGAUUCUUAUGUGCUGUGGUUGAGGAUUGAGUUUAGAUGGUUUCAGUAAUUUUUAUGAAUCUCAGUUGAUAGUUUUCUAAUUUAGGGCAUAUAUAGUAAUAAUCUGUAUAGUGUGACAGUCAUAAAAAUGAGUUACAUAAAUGCUUGUGAAUUGCAGGAUUGAUUUUGGGCUUGAGUGUUUGUUUAUGAUGUCUGCAUUCUCUUGAAAGAAUUGUUCUCAAAUUCUGAAUUUGGUGGGCUACAGUAAGACUAUCCAUCUAUAUUGUUCUUAAGUUAUAAUUUAUGAAAAGUAACUACUUCUUUAAAUAUGAAAAUGUUAAAUUAGAUGGAUAUAAAAGAUGCUGACCUUUCAUAUAAAUUAUAACAAAAGUUUUCUGAGUUAUUGAGGGUAAUAGCUCAGAUUUAUUUGAUUUUGUUAAAGUUAAAGUUUUUUAAUUGUGCAUUAAUUAAUAUCAAAGGAAGAUUACUCUUUACGGAAGUAUUGACAUCUAUUACUAUUGCCGAUUUUUAAAAAUGUAAUUUUAUAAGCAUGCAACAAUAUAGAAUAGAUCAGUGCAGGUUAUAGGAACAAAAGAUAUUAAUAUAGAAGUAGCUUUAGCUUUUCCAACAUUACAUCAUCUACUACAAGAAAACCAAGCUGACUGACAUCCCUGUUCUGUAUUUCAACCUUUUCUGUGAAAACAUAUUCACAUAUAUAUUUGUUGAAUAGUAUAUCUGUUCAGCACAAAAAGUAAUUCUUCUCUUUCUGUGACAGAAGAGGACAUUGAAUUUUAAAUAGUAAGGAAGCAAAGCUUGCCGUUACUUAACUCAUUUGAGUUCUAUUAUAUCACUGUUGAUUUAGAUAUAUUUGUAUAAAGUUGGGCUAUGCUAAAACUGAAAAUAGAUAAUGAAUAUAAUAACAUGUUUUUCUUUAGAAAAAAAAAUUAUUUGCCACAGAUGUGAACAUUCCAUAUGUCUUUCACUUUGAUGCAGUAUUAUUAGUUUAAUAGAUUUUGAAGUUAUGAUGAAAUAACAGAUGAUAAAAACAGGUAAUAAGGUAGUGGAAAAUAAUAAUAACUGUUUGUUUUUUCAAGUGAUUUUUUAAAGAUUUUGUACAAAUGGAUUCAAGAGACAUUUUAUUAUUUUCUGCUGAUAUUAAGAUGAAAUGAUCCUGUAGAUAGCACUAAUUCUUAAAGAAGAAUACCGUUCUGUGUAUCAGCUAUUGAAAUUAUUCUAAUGCACUUUCUUGAGAAUUCAUUGUGUAUUGUUUGCUUUAUAUUCUGAAGCAGAAAGUAGUAUAGAGCAAUAGUUUUUCUUUAGGGGUUCGAGAUUUUUCCAAAUGCAAUGAUAAACACUGUGAAGGGAGUUCCUCUUUCUUUUUCUGGUUAGUGUCAGCACUUCUGACAAGGAAAGUAUCUUGGGUGUUUCACAGUUCUUUGUAACUUGUUUUCCAGAAGACUUAUUUUUUUGUAUGCUACAUAUAAAGUCAUGAAAAAGCACAGGCUCUAUAUAGGUUAUGUACAGGGAACUUUUAUUAUAGUUUUAUGAAGGUGUGCUUAGUAAUAUAUUUCAAACUUUUGCUAUGAUGUUUAUAUUUUAUUCAUAUACCAUGCUGCACACCAGAAGCAUUUUGGUAAAUAUUGCAUAUAUUCGAUUUUUGUGCUUGCAAUUUUGAUGGGACAAAUGCAUGGACAAAUAGAUCCUCAGUACAGAUUGUAGUGGGUGGGCAAGUUGGAGAGAAUCAAAGAAGGGUUUCCAGUGAUGCAUAUCACUCCUUUCCCCUCUUCCCUCAGAUGUUUCUUGAUUGGCAAUACACUGAUUUACAAGCUCUCUCCAGUUUUUAGUUGCAAUCUUUCAAACUAGUCAUUGAUUAAGGUUAAUAUUUUAUUACUGGGUUUUGGGAAGCUUCAUACUGUUGGCUGCCAUCAUUUGGAAUGGGGAUGUACCAAACCAUUUUAUAUGUUAAAAUCAUAUAAAUAACGAUUUCCCAAAAGCCUUUGUACUUAUUACAAAAAGUAUAUUGAUAGAUCAUAAUUCCAUAUGUGGAUAUGUACAGGAUUUGCAGAUCCGGGUAGAAUUGUGCAUAUGUAUUUGAUAUCUGUACAUAUCUCAUGUUUUAUUAAUGCUAUUUGUUAUAUAAUAGUUUUCUUUUUAAAAAGUCAUAUUUUAUUAAUUUUUAGUAGUAACUUAAAUCUUGCAACUGCAUUUUUUUUUUUUUUUUUUAUUAUUAUUUUUUUAUAUAAAUAAAUGUGCCAAGAUCUUUUUGUGAUUAGAUCCGCUAAUGUUAAACACUGACUGUAUGGACUUGCAGUAUUUGAAAAAAUUGUCAAAAUAUAUUGUCAUAUAUUAUACUGUAAAGCUAAUAGAAUUUAUUAAAAUAUUUGGAUGUA